AUUUACUUACAAUCAAAUCCAUGACCAUGGGGGAUAUGAAGACCCCAGAUUUCGAUGACCUUCUUGCAGCCUUUGACAUACCAGAUAUGGUUGAUCCAAAAGCAGCUAUUGAAUCUGGACAUGAUGACCAUGAAAGCCACAUAAAACAAAAUGCUCACACAGAAGAUUCUCAUGCCCCAUCAUCAUCUGACGUUGGUGUGAGUGUCAUUGUGAAAAACGUGCGUACCAUUGAUUCUUCCGAAGGAGUGGACAAGGAUGGCCAUCAUUCCACAGGCAACGGCUUGCAUAAUGGCUUUCUAACAUCAUCAGCUCUUGACAGUUAUAGUAACGAUGAAGGGAAUUCACUUAAAGAUGAUGGGUCAGCUGCUGAGACUACACUGAAGGAUUCAGCUUUCAACCAGUUUAGCCCAAUAUCAAGUGCUGAAGAGUUUGAUGAUGAUGAAAAAAUUGAGGUGGAUGACCCCCUGGAUAAAGAGGAGAUGCGUGCAAAUUUCAAAGCUAAUGUCUUGGCAGGAUCUGUGUCUCAGCAGAAUAUGACAAACUAA